AAUAAGACGAUUCUUGAUCUUAGUCUUUCCGUCCGAUUUGCCAAUCUUGCACCGGGCGCGAAACUUGACUUAAUUCGCAUUACCGCACCGAAAGUUCAUAGUGAUGUUCAAGUUGCCCUACAAGUGGAAGAUGGUGGAAGGGUAAUCGAGAAGUUUCCCAUUACGACAUCUUUAUGGGAUAUGUUAGUGCAUUUUGAAAAUUCAUCACAGGACAGGCAUACCGAAUUAAGUCUUGACGAUAUUUUGAAUGAUAUAAAUACACCACCCCAAGUCCCGGAUAAUGGCGCUAUUCUAGGCGAUGCACCUGCAGUAGUUUCAUCAAUAGUACCAACAGAGUCAACUGCCGAACCUAAAAAGGUUAAUGUUGAGCAAUCAAGCUCGGAGGUUCAUCCAUCAAUUGUGCCGACAGAAUCAAUCGAUGAACCUUCAAAAAUUGAUACAACCGCUUCAACAGAGCCAGUCAAAAGAAUUGAUACUGAGAAAACAGAUUCAGAGAUUUAUUCGUCGACCAUCGCCAAUGAACAUCUAGAAAUAGUGCAAAAUACCGAAUCAAUGGAGAUAGAUUCUAGUCUUCCUGAUCAGAUGUCGACUGAUGAUGAUGUGAUACAAUCUUCUUUGGAACGGACUGGUAUAUCGGAGGGUUCAAGCGAAAAACCUCAAUCCUUACUAAACGAUCAUGAAUCUGAUGUGAGUCAUUCAUCGAUUGCGAAACCGGCGAAUCAUCCUUCGGACAAAGGCCACUUUGAUCGUAAUAUAAAAGUUUUUAAUCCUCCGCCGGAAAAUGUUCAAUUUCAAACUAAAAUAGACCUCCCAGAUUCUUUUUACGAAUUGACGGCCGCCGAAUUACAAUUCUUAUUGGCGUUACAACACUCUAAACGUGUUUCUGAAGAGAAUUUCGGUUUCAAAACUAGUAAGAUGAGAGCUCAAGAAGAAAAAGAAAAGGAGCGCAAAUACCCAAAGGGAGAACGCAUAAUCGGUUCAAUUACAGCAGUUAAAGCUCGCGCUCCGGUAUUAGGCGGAAACUUUGCAGUAUGGGGUGGACUAUUUUCAACAUUUGAUUGCGCACUGAAGGGAAUAAGGCAAAAGGAAGACCCGUGGAAUUUAAUUGCAAGUGGAUUCUUAACAGGCGGCGUUCUAGCUGCCAGGGGCGGCAUUGGGGCAUCGGCCAGAUCUGCUGCUUUUGGUGCAUUCGCUUUAGCAUUGAUUGAAGGCGUUUCAAUCGCAUUAUCGCGUGUUUUCGCUCCACCGCCAAUGAUUCAGGUCACCAUCUGA